AUGCUUCUUGAUUGCUUUAAUUUAAUGGAUGAUUUUUUAUAUUUACAAUAUAAUUUAAAUACAAAUAAAGUCGAUUAUGAAUUUGCUAAACUUGUUUUACUUACAGAAGAAGUACUUUGA